GUCAUUUAUUUUGUAGUCCGAGCCUACAUCUGACUGCACUAUCAUUGGUCUUUCAUUUAUUUACUAAUAUAAAUAAAAUACUUGAUCAAUUGUCAUCUUUGGGUUGAAAGAAAUCAUUUCCCAUAACAACCGCAGUGGGUGAGCUAUAUGGAGAUAUAAACGUUGUAAAUGAAUGAAAAGUUUGAAUAAAACAUGCGAGACACAGGUGUUGACGCAAGUUUACAAAUACCAGAUAAUAGGAAUGAGAACCAAUCUUCUUCAAUUAGAAAGCGAAGCAGAGCAAGACGUAAAGCAUUGAUGAGACAUCUGUAUUCAGAAUACACUAAGAACACUUCACUUCAUUGUUUGAAAUAUACAACUGAAAAAAGUUUUCAUCCCAUUGAAAGGAUAUUUUGGACCGUAACAUUCUCAUUGAGUCUUGGAAUGUGUUUAUGGUUGAUCCACAACGUGUGGUACAAAUGGCAGACCAGUCCGGUCAUAGUCAGUUUCAGCGAGAAAAUUGUACACGUCGAGAUGGUUCCAUUCCCAUCUUUAACAAUUUGCCCUCAAAUCAAAACAAAAGCGACUGUUUACAAUUACACGAAACAAUUCAAGAAACAUUUUCUUGAUUUCGAUAUUGAUUUAUCUGAUUUGAAUAACACUGAAUCCAACAGUAAUGACACGGCGCCAUCAAAAACUGACGAAGAUUUGAAGACGUUUUUAGAUGUUAGCCUAAUCUGUCCGCUGCCUUUUGAUUUGGAGCUUCCUGGUCCAAAUAUUACUAAUGUGUCUUCAAUACAUACAAUCCUAAACGUUUCACCCGAUCUAGAUUAUUUCAAAGAGUGUUAUUGGUUUGGAGUCAAAAAGGAGUGCACCGAUAUGUUUACAAGAGUCCUGACAGACGAAGGCGUCUGUUUCAAUUUCAAUGGAUUAGCUGCUGAAGAAAUUUUUCGUAUGGAAAAUGUACAGAGAGAUUACAAUUACAGUGAAAUUGAGAAAAAAAUGUCUGGAUGGGAUUUUAUUACUGGAUAUGAUAACAGUGACGAUGUAGACUAUAUGAAACAGUAUCCAUAUAGAGGCCAGUACAGUCGCACCCGGCCAUAUUUGGAAGUUGUUUUAAUGACUCCUAAAGAAGAUUACGAUGAGUGUUGCAAUGUUAUUAAUAAAGGGUAUAAAGUUUACGCUCAACAUCCCGCCAGUCACCCGCAAUCAUCAGUAUAUUCCUAUGCCUUAUUGCCAGGCCAAUUAUCAGCGAUGGCUUUGAAAGUAAAUAUGAUGAAUACUUCGGAAAAACUUCUGAAUUAUGAUUCAGACAUACGACAAUGUUUCUUUUCUUCAGAGAAAUAUUUACGAUAUUUCAAAUUAUAUACUUCAAGCAAUUGUUUGUUAGAAUGUAUGUCGAAUUAUACAUACGAAAUGUGUCAUUGCGUAUCUUUCCAUAUGCCGCACACAGAUAGCAGAUCCAUUUGUACGGCACAGAAAACAGAUUGUAUCAGACAAGCUGAAGACUCCAAUAGAAAACUAAUGGAAUACAUAGAAGAAUGCGACUGUCUUCCCAAUUGCAACAGUAUAACUUACGAGGCAGAAAUUCUAAAGACUGAAUUUAAUCUCGAAAAAAGGGAGAUUAAUCUUUUUAAAAUGACUGGAAUUGAUGAUGUGGCUGAUUUUUUCAGCAGUUAUGAGUAUUCAAAGUUACAAGUGUACUACCGGGACAGUGGGUUCGUCACAAUCACGAGGUCGGAGCUGUUUGGGAUCACGGACUUCCUCGCCAACAUCGGAGGUCUGCUCGGCCUGUUUCUGGGCUUCUCUUUUCUCAGUCUCGUCGAGAUUGUUUACUUCUUCAGCAUCAGAUUAGGAUUUACUUAUCAAAAAGACAUCAAAAAUGAAAAGAACCCUGGAUCGCAAGCUACUUGAUGUAUAAGAUGCUAUACUAAUAAAGAAAUACUAUUGAGAAAAAAAUGUGAUCAAAUACGAUAUUUUAAGUGUUAUUGUUUAUGUUAAGCAUUAUUUAUUUAGAUUAUUAACUACUAGAUGUUGCCCGGGGCUUCGCUCUCGUGGGAAUUUUGAGAUGAAAUAUAGCAAUCUUGGAUAAUGUACCCUUCUAAUGGUAAAAGAAUAUUUGAAAUCGGUUCGGUAGUUUCGGAGAUUACCCGCCUCACACAUACGAACUCACAAGCUCACAAAUGCUUACCUCUUUAUGAUAAUAAUAUAGAUGUUAAUUUUAUUUCUGUAUUUUAAAUUUGUAUUACAAUAAUUUGGAUAAUUGCUUAUUUGUUUGUAAUAUCUGUAUUGUAUAAAAACACAUGUUUUAUUUUAUACUAGCUUUUGCCCGCGGCUUCGCCCGCGUGAAUUUCAUAGCAAAAUCUCAGUAAUUUUUUUAUCAUGUAUUUACCGGGAUGAAAUGUAUCUAAUUUUCCUACAGGACCCUCCUCAUUUUCCUGGAUUAAAUGUCUAUAAUAAUUUUUGAUUAAUAAUUAGUUUUUCAAUUAUCCUACGGGAACUUGACAAUUUACCGGGAUGAAAUGUAUCUAAGAUGUUAACCCGGUUUAUAAGGUACCUAGAUACCAAAUUUCAAGCAAAUCGAUCCAGUAGAUUUCGAGUGAUGCGCUUCAGACAGACAGACAAAAUUUUCCAAAACUAUAUUUUCGUCAUCUAUAUGAGUAACUAAGUAUAUUCCAUGAAGAAUUUUUAAAAAAAUAUCCAAUGUACAUAUUUGGCCUUUCUUCAAUUUUAUUAUAUGUAUUGAUGUUGUAUACUUUAGCUUAGAAAAAUAAUAAGUUAUAUGUGUAAAUUAAAAUAAUAUUGUUAAAAUACAUAAUUUAUUUCCGGA